UUCGCGACGCAUGCGUCACACGUCCACCCAAGAUGUCUGUCGUUCAGCGCACUCCAGCGGCGGGAUGGCCGAGAAACACCUCCCAGUACGGCGGGCAGUACGGCUCCACCCGCUCCCUCACCCUGGACAGGACCAUCAACCUGUAUCCCCUCACAAACUACACAUUCGGCACCAAGGAGCCCCUGUAUGAGAAGGACAGCUCGGUUCAGGCACGGUUCCAGCGGAUGAGGGAAGAGUUUGACAAGAUCGGGAUGCGGCGGUCGGUGGAGGGGGUUCUACUGGUGCACGAACACGGCCUGCCGCAUGUCCUGUUGUUACAGCUGGGGACCACUUUCUUCAAACUACCUGGAGGGGAGCUGAAUGUGGGGGAGGAUGAAGUGGAUGGGCUGAAGAGACUGAUGAAUGAGAUCCUUGGGCGACAGGACGGUGUCCAACAGGACUGGGUCAUAGAGGACUGCAUCGGCAACUGGUGGAGACCCAACUUUGAACCCCCACAAUACCCAUACAUUCCUGCACACAUCACCAAGCCAAAAGAACACAAACGAUUGUUCCUAGUGCAGCUUGCAGAGAAAGCCCUGUUUGCAGUGCCCAGGAACUACAAGCUGGUGGCUGCUCCCCUGUUUGAGCUGUACGACAAUGCACCAGGCUACGGGCCCAUCAUCUCCAGCCUGCCCCAGCUGCUCAGCAGGUAUCAGCUAAAGUACAUGAACUGAAGAUUCAAUUUCAUCUACAUGUGACCAUCUGCCCCUAGCCGGCCCGGGUAGUUACAGAUCUGAUGGUGUAUUAGGAGUCUAGAGCCAGCAGCUGAUACCACAGCACAGAGGAGGGCAUGCUGACCUUGAGGGAGACACAGCACAGCAGGCAGCAGCCCAUGUCCAACUGCCCACCCACCCUCCACUGUCUCCCCCAACAGGGGGGCUUUGUAACUUUCCCUCUUUUGUUGUCUUUAGCCUUUGUAGUGCAGAGGGCCGAUUCCCCAUUCAUUAGAGACUGUCAGAUGAGGUUUUUGUUUCCAGACUUCCAGUAGUCAAUUAAGUUUUGGUGGGUUCAUUGUUGUUAGAAGAUGAUGUCCAAUUUGCCGCAUUGUGUUUAGUAGCACCCCAUUGUAGAAGUUAUGUCUCCCUGUAGCCACCCUUUUACUUGUCGAGGUACCUUAUUACUCUGUGUUAAGUUUUAUACUGAUGUACGUACAUGUAGUCAAUAAAAACGGCCAGCAAUGGAUGGUCACCCUUCACCUAA